AACGGUGAAGAGCAGAUUCUACUCUUGCAUCAAGGUUUUUCUGUGGCUUUCGGUGGCACUCUUGUGUUUUGAAAUUGCUGCGUAUUUGAAAGGGUGGCAUUUGGGUUCUCCAAGUCUUCAGUUGGAAUUUUAUUUGCUUUGGGCACCUUCUUUUGGAGUGAAGGAUUUCUUCGAUUGGGUUUAUUCUCGGUGGGUUUUGGUUCGUGUGGAGUACCUUGCUCCACCUCUUCAGUUUCUCGCCAAUGUGUGUAUUAUUCUCUUUAUCAUUCAGAGUUUCGAUAGGCUUCUUCUCUGCUUGGGUUGUUUCUGGAUCCGAUUUAAGAGGAUCAAACCCAUCCCCAAAGAUGCACCUCUGGAUCUUGAAUCUGGAGAGAAAGGUUACUUCCCCAUGGUGCUUGUUCAGAUCCCCAUGUGCAAUGAGAAAGAGGUUUACCAGCAAUCUAUUGCGGCCGUGUGCAAUUUGGAUUGGCCAAAGUCCAAGUUGUUGAUUCAGGUGCUUGAUGAUUCUGAUGACCCAACAACGCAGUUGCUGAUCAAGGAGGAGGUGCAAAAAUGGCAACAUGAGGGUGCCAAUAUUUUCUACCGCCAUCGCGUCAUUAGGGAUGGUUACAAGGCUGGGAACCUGAAAUCCGCCAUGAAUUGUAGCUAUGUCAAGGACUAUGAGUUCGUUGCAAUCUUUGAUGCUGACUUUCAACCGACACCAGAUUUCCUUAAGAGAACAGUUCCUCAUUUUAAGGAUAAUGAGGAACUAGGACUUGUUCAAGCAAGAUGGUCUUUUGUGAAUAAGGAUGAGAACCUGUUAACCAGGUUGCAGAACAUUAACCUAUCAUUCCAUUUCGAGGUGGAGCAACAAGUCAAUGGCAUUUUCAUUAAUUUCUUUGGCUUCAAUGGCACUGCUGGGGUGUGGAGAAUCAAGGCCUUGAAUGAUGCUGGUGGUUGGUUGGAGAGAACCACUGUUGAGGACAUGGACAUUGCUGUUAGAGCUUAUCUCCAUGGCUGGAAAUUCAUCUUCCUCAAUGAUGUUGAGUGCCAGUGCGAGUUACCAGAAUCUUAUGAAGCUUAUAGGAAACAACAACAUAGAUGGCAUUCUGGGCCAAUGCAAUUGUUCCGCCUUUGUUUGCCUGACAUCAUACGGGCCAAGAUAAGCAUAUGGAAGAAAUUCAAUAUGAUAUUCCUGUUCUUUCUUCUUAGAAAGCUUAUAUUGCCCUUCUAUUCAUUUACCCUUUUCUGCAUAAUUCUUCCCAUGACAAUGUUUGUGCCGGAAGCUGAGCUUCCUUUUUGGGUUGUUUGCUACAUACCUGCCACAAUGUCAUUCCUCAACAUUCUUCCAGCUCCCCGAGCCUUUCCUUUCAUUGUUCCCUAUCUCCUAUUUGAGAACACAAUGUCUGUUACAAAGUUCAAUGCCAUGAUCUCUGGACUAUUCCAGCUCGGCAGUGCUUACGAGUGGGUGGUCACCAAGAAAUCGGGUCGUUCCUCUGAGGGUGAUCUAGUCUCACUGAUUGAAAAAGGACCAAAGCCUCAAAGAGGGUCCUCUGAACCUGAUCUUGAGGAAAUGAAAGAGGAAAUGCAGAGGCAGGAGCAAAAAGCUGCCAAGAAGAAGAAGCACAACAGAAUAUAUAUGAAGGAGCUUGCAUUGGCUUUCCUACUUCUAACAGCCGCAACAAGGAGUCUCCUUUCUGCACAGGGAAUCCACUUCUACUUCUUGCUAUUCCAGGGUAUAUCAUUCCUUUUGGUUGGUUUAGACUUGAUUGGUGAACAGGUAGACUAAAGUGACAGGAUUCUGUACUAUGUAGAGAGACACAUGCAUGAAAUUUUAUACACGGAAAAACAAGGGUGGACAAUGAGGCCCCCUAUGGUACGAAUCAACCCAAGAAAAAUACACUUUAUGGAAUGGAGGCAGUGAGAGGAGGACCCCAGAGUGCUUCGUAUCAUGCACAUGCUCAUGUUUCACCCUCCAAGAAUUCCACCAACUGCAAGACUAUACUGUGCUACGUUCGAGAGAAAUAAACAAUAUAUGAUGGGGGAACGGGUACAUUAGAACCCCAGUUAGGGCCUUUGAUUCAAUGUGUAAGUUCACCCUUAUUUCUUUUAUUCAUUUUUGUAAUUUUAUGUGGAUUCUUUCUUGCCAGAUCAAUUCUUUUGUUACAAAAUUUCAUGUGGUUCAAAACUUUCCACACCCCAUCCCUCCCCCCAAAAAACAAAAAUCCUAGGCAGGCCCCAACUGCAGAUUUAUAUUUUUAGUUUUUAUUUUCUUUAAAAAUUUAGAGCAGAAAAUCAGGAUCAACAUUAUUCUGUUUGUCCUGUUUAGAUAUCCUCCACCUCCCACCGCUUGGUACUACGUGGGAACACAAAUUGAAUAAAAUUGUUUAGUUACUUUUU